AUGAUCCCAAUAGCAAGUCCACUGGCCUCAGAGCCCGCCGAAGAGGUGAUAGCCAAGCUAAUAUCUGAGCAGGCAGAAAGAAGCACGCUGUCCACAGGAAUUAAGAAAUGCCAGAAGCGCAUUCUGGAGGGAUCAAAAGGCCUGCUGGUCUUGACAGCAGAUACAACACCUAUGGAUUUAAUCACACACCUACCCGCACUCUGCGAAGACAGAGGUGUCAAGUACAUUUUUGUUAGAAGGAAGUCUUCCAUUCCAGGCCGGUUCACUUGUGUUUUCCUUGAAAUGGAUGGAGGUGAUACAUUGAACAAAAUCAGGGAAGCGCUUAUGUAA